AUGAUCGCUAAUGGGUGCGCGCAACAGCCUGGACCACUGAGCAAAUCUGCAGAGGUCUGCAUCGGUGGCGUCUCAACGCGGCUGAUCGCCACGGCAUACGCCAACCGGAUUUUUGUCGUGGUGUCUCAGCGAGAGAACCUCGGCACGCUCAUCUCGGCGACGCGAGAGAGCGCGACGGGCCUGGCGAGUGGACCUGGUUGCUACAGCACGCGCGUCCUGCUUGGACGGCGGGACGACGAGGCACUCGAGGUGUACGCGCGUACCUUGGUCGAGCUCAUCAACAAGAGCAGGCCAGCGGACAUAGAAUUCCACAACAAGCGGGAGACGAGAGAUCACACACGCUACAGCCGUAGUCAGCCGUACUCCGCUGUAUUCAUCGUCCUCGCACCCCUCGCAUUCACGCGGCCAGCGGAUCUCCUGCUCGCCCUCAACCUGCUCGACAGCUCUCGCGCAACCUUUCACGAGGUGAUGCGCGCGCUCGACGCGAUCAAGGUCUGGUGA